AUGCAUUACCUCGAAGAUUAUCUUGAGUUGCUGGAUCCUCUACCAGAAAUAAUGCGUGAAAAAUUAACUCUCAUGCGUGAAAACGAUUUAAAAAUUCAAGCUGAGUUUGCCCAAUUAGAAGAAGACGCAUCACAGUUCUUAACUAGUUAUCGUCAAUAUCAGCAGCAAUCGUCACUGUCUCCAACCCGAUCAAAAAUUGAUACACAUCGUUCAACUCCUGCUACAGCAACAAUCGAAAGCAGUGAACAGCCACUGACACCAGAACAGUUAGCUGCACAGCAACAAAAGCAAGCCGAGUACGAUAAACUCGUCGAGACACACCAGCAAUUGAUUAAAGCAACAACAUUAAAAGUUACUCUUGCCAAUGAUUCUCACGAUAUUGUUGAGCGUUAUUAUAAGAAACUAGAGAGUGAUUUGAAUAAGUUUAAAAUGGAAUUAGAAGCAGAUUAUUCAGGAAUCACCGAAACAUUGGAAAAACGAUUUGCAAGUGAAGGUUUCAACGAGUGCGAUAAUGCACGUGGCGAAAACAAUAAUCUUGAUCCAACACUUUUGGAUAUGGAGUCGAUCUUCGAUCCUCUUGAUGAUAUGACGACGUCUAGUUCAUUAAAUGACGAUUAUAUCAAUCAAUCAACAUUGAGUUAUUUGAUGUCAUCACAAUCUCGUCGUUUAUCAGCCGGUUUACUUCCAUCAAAUUCUUCAUCGUUAUUCAAUCGUAAACAACAACCACAACGUCUUCUUUCCAAUCCAUCCGGAUCGUCACGUGGCCGAAAGCGUUUGCAAGGCACCUCUUCAACUAACAAUAUUGGCAAACAUCGAAAACGCAGUGCAACGCGUAAUCCAUUUCUCAACGAUUCCUUUCAAUCACAUCCAUUGCAUCACUUCUUACCUCCAAGCGAUAGUGACGAAUCAUCAUCAGCGUCAAAUCUACAGUCGAAUAAUCUCCCGACAUCAGAUUAUUUUCAAUUGACAAAUCAAACUUCAUCGCCUAAUCUCUUUGAUGACGAAACCAAUGGCGGAUUUGAUUCAGGCAAUGUUCUUGGCAAUUUUCCUGGCCAAGCUAUUGAUGAACGCCGAUAUUGUUUUUGUAAUGAAAUGAGCUAUGGCGAUAUGAUUGCGUGUGAUAAUCCGACAUGUCGUCGGGAAUGGUUUCACUAUCCUUGUGUUAAUAUUGUCACACCACCUAAAGGUAAAUGGUUUUGUUCGGAAUGUACACUGAUGCAACAACAACAACAGCAGCAGCUACAACAACAGCAAUCACAGGUGCCCACAACGAAACGUACAUCAACGAGUUAG